CCAUAGAAAGCUUCCAUCUACCUGACUUGUGCCUCUUCAAGGUCUGGAAGCCGCCAUCUAAAAACAAAAGCUUUGAAGCCUCCGUUGGUAAUCUCUUCUCGGCUAUUUUUCGCUCUCGCAAUUCGCUCUCUCAUCUUUCAUUGAAGGAAUCCUUAACGAGGCAUAGUUUCCCCCAAACCAAUGGCAUUUAGAUUGUCGAUGCUCAAAAGCGUCGUGGGUAGCUCGGGGAGUAUGUUAGGGGUCAGGAGGUGGUCUCACAUCUCCGCGCUACCUCCACCAAUGGUUGGAGCUGUGGAACCUAGUACUGCAUUUCCACCUCUCGCCUUACCCGAGUUUGAUGCGAACCCAGAGAAAGAUAGCAGCAGACUUGAGGUGGGUCUUGGAUUCCCAAGCUUCUCAUUUGGUGCUUCCAUGGAGCUCAUGGCUGUCCCCAAGAAGAAGGUGUCUAAAUAUAAGAGAGGAAUAAGAAAUGGACCAAAAGCUCUGAAACCAACUCCAGUGAUAAUACGGUGCAAGAGUUGUGGACGAGUUAAGUUGCCUCACUUUUACUGUUGCAGUGGUGAAAGGGUGCAGCAUGGUGAGCACAACAAUUAGGCUUAUUAUCAGGAAGUAUCAAAAUUUUCUAACAUCGUAGAGCUGAAUGGCGGUUCCUUUUUUUUCCGCAUUGUUCCAACAAUGUUGAGACUCCAUAAUGCUGUUUCCUUGUAGAAAUCUAAUCGAGUUGUGCUUUUCUGUUUCCUUAAUUUGAUUAAACGUGAUUCCGUUAAAUGGUUA